AUGUUGAUCUCGUUCCUUCUCCUGCUCCUUGCUACAGCUUGCGUGGCCUCCGUGGGUGUCGGACUAUGGGUCCUCGGCAACCACUUCCUCACCACAGACAUCCCUGCUGCCAUCAGCCAUCCAGUGAGACUGUGGGUCUUCAACUGCAUCUUCCAGCUUUUGAUAACAUGGGGGAUGAUUUUUGAGAAACUGAGAAUCUGCUCUAUGCCCCAGUUUGUCCGUUUCGUUCACAAUCUGCCGCCACUAAGGAAGCAUCCGGAUGUGGUGGUCAAGGACCUCCGGUUUGGGACAAUCCCUGUGAAGCUGUACCAGCCCAAGGCAUCCACAAGCGGUCUCAGGCCUGGCAUUGUGUUCUUCCAUGGUGGCGGGGGCAUCUUAGGGAGCCUGAAAACACACCAUGGCAUAUGCUGUAAUUUGUGCAAGAAGAGUGAUGCGGUGGUUCUAGCAGUUGGAUACCGCAUGAUGCCUAAGCAUAAGUUUCCAGUGAUAGUAACAGACUGCAUGGUGGGUACAAUCCACUUCUUGAAGUCCUUGAAUACGUAUGGGGUGGAUCCAGCCCGGGUCAUAGUCUGUGGUGACAGUGUGGGUGGGGCCGUGGCAACAGUCCUUUGUCAAAAGUUUGUGGACCGUUCUGAUCUCCCCAAGAUUCGUGCUCAGAUCCUCAUCUAUUCCACUCUCCAGAGCCUGGAUUUCCAGUCCCCUUCCUAUCAGCAGAACAAAAACAUUCCACUGCUCAGCCAGAAUUUGCUCUUCUAUUGUUGGUGUGGUUACCUGGACAUCAGCCCCUCCUGGAGAAGCGCUGUAUUGAAAGGCACCCACUUGCCUGCGGAAGUCUGGGAAAAGUACAGGAAGUGGUUGGGUGCAGAAAACAUCCCAGACAAGUUUAAGAAGAGAGGUUACCUGCCUGUGUCCCGUGAGCCCCUGAAUGAGGCUGCCUAUCUGGAGACAAAAAUCAUUCUAGAUGUGAUGAACUCACCCUUGAUUGCAGACGAUGAAGUAGUGUCUCGGCUCCCUGAAGCUUGCAUCGUGAGCUGUGAGUAUGAUGUACUUCGGGACGAUUCGCUGUUGUACAAGAAGAGGUUGGAGGACCUGGGGGUUAGAGUAACUUGGCACCACAUGGAGGAUGGUUUUCACGGAGUGUUGACCACCAUUGACAUGAGCUUCUUUUACUUCCCCUGCUCCUCGAGGAUUCUGGAUGCUGUGGCUCAUUUCAUAAAGGGGCUGUGA